AUGCGCAACGGCGGCAGGGCUGCCGCGGCUAAGGGCGGUCCCUCGGGCAGGCAGUCGCAGGAUGCGGAUGGUGGCGACGAGAAGGAUCAUGCCGAGCCGGAAGCUCGUGGUGGCGGCAUGCGCAACGGCGGCAGGGCUGCCGCGGCUAAGGCCGAUCCCUCGGGCAGGCUGUCACAGGAUGCGGAUGGAGGCGACGAGGGGGAUCAUGCCGAGCCGGAAGCUCGUGGUGGCGGCAUGCGCAACGGCGGUAGGGCUGCCGCGGCCAAGGGCGGUCCCUCGGGCUCGCAGGAUGCGGAUGGUGGCGACGAGAAGGAUCAUGCCGAGCCGGAAGCUCGUGGUGGCGGCAUGUGCAACGGCGGCAGGGCUGCCGCGGCUAAGGGCGGUCCCUCGGGCAGGCAGUCGCAGGAUGCGGAUGGUGGCGACGAGAAGGAUCAUGCCGUGCCUGCAUGUCGUGGCGUUAACGAUCAUGAUGAGGACGAGCCAGUAGCACUGACUGAUGGGAAAGGUGGACGUGAAGCUGUGAUUCCGUACCAACGGCGCAAGGCUGUGGAUCCGGGCAGUUGCGACCAUAAGGCGAGACAAGCUCGGCACGGCCCCAAUGUGCACGUUUCGAGCUCGUCUGGUUCCGAGGAAGAUUCGAGCGACAGUGAGUCGGGCAGCUCAUCCGGGAGUGAGGAGGUAUACGAGGACGAGGAUGAGGAGGAGGAGGACGAGGAUGAUGAGGAGUUGGAGCCGGAGAGCGAGGGUGGGGAGGAGGCCCGGCCUUUGAAGAGGAGGAGUGUGGGGAAGCUCAAGAAGGGCAACGCUAAGCAAAAAUCGGAGAGGGGACGGGUGAAGAGCUGUAAACAGAGUGUGCGUCGUGCCAAACCACAUGGCAAGCGCCAGAGACCUCGAUUCGAAGCUAAAAUUGUGGGUGUGCGUAGCAAGGCGAAGCGGGAGUUCAAUUUUUACGAGUCCAUGGGGAUACGAUGUACCUCAAGCUCUCAUGAUCGGCAAGCCGCGGACCCGUACGCUGCGUUACGCGAUCCGAUGGGUUCGGCUAGGAAGGGAGAUCUGAUGGCUUGGGGGUCAGCGCGGUUUGGCAGGGAAGCGACGGACCCGCCCCCCAACCAUAUGGGGGGUCGCGCGGUUCAUGUGAAAAACGAGGGGGCAACGAAGCGGCACGAACCCUCGGCAGCUGCAGCAGCGAAUGACGGUGUGGGAGGAGGUGUGUGGGCGAAUGCCUUGGGUGAAUGUGGCGGCGGUGUGGAAGGCUCCAUGUGGGAUGUACGGGAGAGCAGGGGAGAAGGGGGGGACGAGAAAAUGGAUCCGGCGACUAAGGAGGGGAGGGGAGAGAGCAUGGGCACAUCUGGCGCAUCCAGUCGGCCGGAUGUGGCUGGCGGCAGGACUGUGGAGCAGCUCAUGCGAGAGCUUGCCCAGCGGGAUCGCGAAAUCGCUGCACUCAAGGCAAGGCCAGGAUCAGAAGGACCUGUCAAGCCCUGCACCCCUCCAUCCAGGCCUCCUCCUCUAGCGUCUCUGUCGAGCGGCCCAUCUGUAGGGGGCCUCGAUCCAGGCGUGGCGCCAGAAAGCCCAGCGAUGGUAGACGUACCGGUCCGUCGAACGCGUGGGAUGCCCACACCCAAGCUGCUGAAGUUAUCCAUCCUCCAUUGGCCCCUCUCUCCCAUCCCUUCCCACCCUAAACCAGAGCCCCUGUUCAUGGUGCUGGUGCUGGUGCUGGUGUGGGUGGCACGCGGCGCAAGGAUAGCUCAUUGUAGCAGUUAUCCUUCCUAUCCCUCCCCCCUCUCUCCCAUCCCUUGCCUAGCUCUUCCAGAGCCCCUGUUCCUGGUGCUGGUGGUGGUGUGGGUGUCAUGCGGCGGAGGGAUAGCUAAGAAUAGCAAGCUCCUGUUCAUGGUGCUGGUGGUGGGGUGGGUGUCAGCCCCUGUUCCUGGUGCUGGUGGUGGUGUGGGUGUCAUGCGGCGCAAGGAAAAGAGGAAGCCGUAUCCGUCAACCCCAUGCGGCCCCCUUUCUGUCUGCCGCUCCUCCCUCCCCUCUCUAUCCCGUCCCUCUCCCUCCUCGUCCAGAGCCACUGUAAAAGGUGCUGCUGGUCACGCAGCUCCUGUUCAUGGUGCUGGUGGUGGGGUGGGUGUCAUGCGGCGGAAGCCCAUGUUCAUGGUGCUGUUGUUGCUCUCCCCUUCCCUCCCGCCAUCCCGUUCUCUCCCUCCCUCCAUUUCUCUUCAGCCCUCCCCUUCUCUCCCGCCCUCCAUGUCUCUCCUGCCCUCCCCCUCUCCCCUGCCCUCCCCUUCUCUCCCGCCCUUCCCUGCUCUACUGCCCUCCAGCCAACCCUCCAUUCAUUCUAUACCGCCCUCCACUUCGUCCAUACCCUUUGGACAACCCCUAACCAUGUCGUGCAUGAUCUUCGUCCCCGCCUUGUCCUGCGUGCGUGCAGGAGGGAAUCAGCGGGGCUUGGCAAAGGUUAAGAAGACCGACUGGAACGUCUCGAACUCCCACCGGAAGAACACCGAGUGGAUGACGGGUUUGCACCGAAAUGUGCGGUGGAUUAUCAAGGACCACUUCACAUGCCACACCCCCGUGUACAACACAGUCGUGCAGGGCUUCAAGUGGGGCGACCGUGGCCUGUAUGUUCACGAGUCAGGAUUCGAGGCGUUCAAGGGGACGGCCGCGCCUGACGAGGAGAAGAAGGACUUGAAGGAGGAAGAGCAGGAGGUGUACGACGCGGAGGACUUGAAGACGGAUGACGAGGAGGAUGACGAGGAUCAGGAGGAGGAGGAGGAGGAGGAGGAGGAGGAGGAGGAGGAGGAGGAGGAGGAGGAGGAGGAGGAGGAGGAGGAGGAGGAGGAGGAGGAGGAGGAGGAGGAUGAGGAGGAGGAGGAACAGCAGGCGAAGCUGCACGUCCUGCUGGGUGCAGCAUGGUCAGCCUCUCCCUAA